AUGGACGACGACAAUCCGCCUCCGAGAAAGCGAUCUCGCUUCUUCGAAAAUGGUAGAAGCAAGAUUGGCAGCAUCCUGAAUCCGUCGAGAAGAUCAUCCAAUCGCCAACCUGCUCCCUCCAACCAGAAUGCCUCAUCUUCUCAUUCAGCUACGGGGAACAACAGUCCACUUGUCGACAAUCCGGCCUUCACAGAGCCACGGCCCCCUCUUUCAUUUCGAGCAGACUUUAAUUCCGAUCGGGUAACAGCUGGGCCGUCGCGGCCGCUACAGGAGAAUCCUCGUGGCAGCCAAGAACCUGGUUCCAGACCCAGCAAUCAAGAACGCUCCUUUGGAGAUGCUCCCUCGUCAUCAGCGAUCUCCAUGGCGGAGGAACAUGAACUUGACGAGAAGGCCAAGAAACAACAACGUCGGAAGGGCAUUUAUGGCCUGGAUUCACUUCGAGCGCAAAGCAGAGAACAUGACAGUGGCGAGGAAGAUGACGAGGGAGAUGACCAUCAAGACAACGAUCAAGACGAUAUUGUGGGACAGUUUCCUAUCCCUGGUGUAGGACCCCAUGCAUUUGGGGGUAUUCCACGCCAAUUUACCUUUACGGGAACUGCGUCUUCUACACCAUUGCCUCGAUUGACGCGCCCGACCACUGAUCAGGUUAUGGCUGAGCAGCAUCCAAACACACCACAGCGUAUGAUUCCAAUGAUAGCUCCGGGGACUCCCAACGUGAUCCACGGCAAGACAGGCGAAACUCACGCGACGCCUCCUCCUCCAGAUCUCCCUCCCCCGCCUCCUCCAAAACCCUACGUCGACAUGGAUCGCGACUCUCGUGGCAAUCGAAUUCAGUAUCCGAUCUACCAUCCCGGUAUAGCACCCCACCCCUCUCAACCCGUCUAUGCCAACUCGUCAGGUCGCCCAGCCUACCGGCUUGCUCAGUUUCCAGAUUCCUCGCCUCCGUACGACGGCCCCACCUCAGACACUCUUCUCACCUCGCCGAGGCGUCUACAGCGUGCUCAACAGCAAGCAAGGAUCAGCCUCAAACGUAAGCGGGUCGACCCUAUACUCCCACCGCCUGCGUACAUCUACACCCACACGGACAACCCCAGUUUCAACGUCUUCAACGGCAUCCUGCUGUACCCUGAGCUUGUCUUUGCAUUGGCCUCCCACCUUCCGGUUAAGGAUCUCGUGAGUCUCUACGCCAUCUCCAAGGACUUCCACACCAUCAUCGACACCAGGUUCACAACAGUGGUCCUGAAUCAGGCACUCACCAAGGCACCCGAGUCGGCACGCAUCUUUGGCUUCCGCACUUACGGAUCUCUGUGCCGGACCGAUCCUGCUGCCCGUAUUCCACACCCCGAUGCUGGAAAGGCGGCACAGAACAUCCCGCGACGAAUUCCAUCGUUCCGAUGGCUCAAGAUGGUCCUCCAUCGCGAGAAAGUCGUCCAUGAACUCGUGACUGUCUUCGCUGAGGAUGGCAUUCCGCUACCGUUUCGCUGCCGUUUGGCGCUCAAGAGACUGUGGUUCCUGCUUGACAUCCCCGACAACGCUAGACGUAUUGGCUAUGUGCACAAUGCCCGCCUGCUGUCGAACCUGGAUAUUUAUUUCGCCGCGUGCUUCUUCGUGAAGCUGGACCUGCGCCUGAACGACCCCCGAGCCAAUGACAAGAGAGACGGCCUGCGCAAGAUGCUCUUGCAACAAAGAUCCUUCACCACGAUCCUCAGAGUUAUCAAGCGCGAAAUCUGGCAGACAAAGUACGACGUGCUGCAAGAGUGGGUACGCCAGAGAUACAUUCCUCGUGGCCACGAACUUGGAGUUCCGAUAUUCGGCGUUCCUCCAGAGAAGGUUGGGAAGGGCAAGCUGGAGUAUUGGGGCGAACGGAGCGCUACAGUACUCGGGCGUCCGCCGAAAGAUCUCCUUCGUCCAGAUCAACUGAUCGUGCGCGAAGCGUUGAGAAGAGGCAUACCGCUCGGGAAGGAAUACAUGCGGCUCAUGCUGGCUGGAUACGUCAGGCCCGACACCUUGGACAACUAUGCGCCCAGAAAGUAUGGACGACGGAUUGAAUACCUCGAGGACGAAGAGUACGAGGUCGACGAUAUCGUGGGAGGAGUGGCAGCGCUUGGUGUCGAUGACGAAGGGUUCGAUUCUCUUCUCGACCUUGGACCCCCGAGACGAGGAAGUAGGUGGAUCAUCGAAAAGGAGAAGAUUCAUCGCAACGAGAUGGAAUUGAGAAAGGAAGAAGAAGAACUCGCAAAGAUGUGUGUCGAAUGGUGGAAGAACGAGACCACAGGAGCCACCAGCGACAGGAUGGACAUUGAAGAUGACUUUUAA